AUGGCAAAAAGUCCAGCUAAACCAGUCGCUGCUCCUGCAAAGAAAACCCCCUGGAGAGGUAUCAGCAUCAAGCGACCAGCUGGAAGACCAGAAUCUAUCGCAUCAGUCCAAUCUCAAGACUCCCAAAAAUCUACUGACUCUGAGAAGCAGGACUCCUCCACCAACCUAGCCAAAGUUGAUCCUAGUCUGAUCAGUGUUGAGGAAGAGCUGGACCAAAGCAAGAGCUGCGAGGUAUCACAGGAACCUGUGUCUCCGACCAAAACCAAAACCAAAACCAAAGAAAACACUCCAAAAGCAGUGACCAAUGAAACUCAAGGGGAAGAAAACGGCGAUGUGGCUACACCACGCGCAUCCAGGUCCAGAGCUUCAUCUUUCUAUGGUCUUGAUUCUGCAAGUGAAGUUUUUGAGGACGCAUAUGAUGAUAAUGAUGACUCUUUGGAAGAUGAAGAUGAUUACGAUGAUGAUGAUUCUCCUCUAAAAAGCACAGCAGCAAAAGUAUACCCGGUCACUACUAGUGGUAGCAGUACUAUUCCGCACCCAAAAGAGGAUAGGAAAGAGAUGUUUAUUGCAAAAGAGCAAUUGCCUGAUUUUGUUACAGAAAUUGAAGGCCUUACUAUCGAGUCCAUGUCUGGAUCGGUUGUGCACCCAAAUAUUAAGGAAAUAACAGCAGAUCCUUUGGAAACCAAAGUCGCCAAAAUAACCAAUGAAGACGAUGUACAUACACCCACAAAUACAUCGGCCGUUGACCCAAAAGAUGUGGUUUUGAAGGAAACGCUAUUUGUUGCAGAGGAUGAAAUCACAGGCCAAGAAAUGCAUGCAAAACCCAAAGUCACAGACACUUUAUUAAGCCAGCCUGUUGUGGGUGUAACACCUGUAUCAAAGAACCAAUCCGAAAACGACCCAGAGAAAGUGCAUAUUUCUUCACAAGAUUUGGGUGUGGCAGAGGUGGCGAACAAUGACAUUUUAAAAAAAAGCAAAAAUUUCGGAUCAGAAACGCUUAGGACAACACAUGACUCUACAGCAUCUCAGUUCCCACACGACAAGCAAGAUACUGUUCAAAAGACAACUGCUUUGGAGACAUCUGCAGAGAACAUGGCUACUAAGCAAGAUCAAAGCACUGCAGUUGCUGCAGCUGUGGCAUCUGUACUUGCUGCAGCUGGUGUAGUCCAUCUUCCACUCCAAAGUUUAAAACAGCCGCAAAAUGACGACAGCAAAGGUGUCACCCCUUUAAUUAUAACAGAUGGCGCUGAGGGUGAUAAUGACAAGCUCGUGUUUCACGGUGGAGACAGUGGAAUUGCUAUUUCUCAAACAGCAUCUGACGAAGAUAGUGAUCCUGAGAAAGUAUCCAAGGCACCAAGCGAGCGUACUUCGAGUGACUCUGAUGAUGAUGACAGGGACUGCCUUGGAUCUAUCUUACCUGCUAUUAGCGACUCUUUACGUGAAUACAACAACAAAGAGCCCACAAGAGAUAUCAAGAAAGCCACCGAUGAUAUGGAAAAUGAUAUCGAGGCCAGAAAGGAAAGAGAGCUAGAGUUUCCCAUUGAGCCUCCUGUUGAUCUGGAUGUGUUCAAAGACAACACGCUCGCAAUCCAAGCUAUCGAUAUCAAAAGUAUUCCUAUCAAUGACUUUACACCAAGACAACAAGAAAAAGCUGAUGAGCCGGUACAAGAAGGAAUCAAUUUAUUGUUUGAUAACCAGUUUAUGAGAGCAAAGGGUAUAUUCCAGACAAAAGCAAACAUUGAUCCUGUAUAUGCAUUGGGAUUGGGUGCAAUGGCUUUUAUUAAAGCUAUGAUGACCUUUGAUGAGAAAGAUAUGGCUUCUGCUAUGAAUGCCUUGGCCACUGCUUACACUAUUGGAAAAACUCAAGUCGAUAAUUCUCCUUACAAAAAGCCUCUAAAGGAUUCGGUCUUCCAUUAUUUUGCCACUUUUGGCUCUGGUAGCACCGGUCUUCCUCCUUCGCCUAUUCCUAUUAUCCCACUCAAGGACACCUCCAACGACCCGCCGACAUUCAUUCCUAACGGUGUGCUCCGUGCCCAUGUAGCAAAGGCCGAAUGCUGUCUAUUGAUGGGAGUCCUUCAGAUGUCACAAGAAAGUGUGAUCGGUUACCUUAAAUGUGGACUUAAUCUUCGUCGGGGUAAUACAGAUACAGAUACAAUGUUUAAGGAGUUCUUUAGAGAAACAAUGACUAACAAACAACCAUUAAAACAAAUAGCAUACAACAGCUAUAGUAUUGUGUGGCAGGAAUAUCGUCGCAUGGGCCAAGAAUACAACAAUCAUAUAGACCAUAACACUGUAUCUGGAAUCCAGUUUGGAAUUGGUGCUGUGCAUCUCCUUAUGUCUUCUAUGCCGUCCAAGAUUCUCAAAAUCUUCUCCACCUUUGGAUGGAAAGGUGACAAGCAGCUUGGAUUCGCUCUUCUGAAACUCUGUCUUGAAGGCAGAGGGCUUCGCUCGCCUCUGGCUUCUCUUGCUCUGCUUACCUAUUAUUCUGUUCUUACUUCUUUCGCUCCUCAGUUAUACGCUAAAGAGCUCAUGAGCCCUGCGAUUGAAUGCCUUUUGGAUGCUCAAAAAAACCAUCCAAACUCUUGUUUCUUCCUAUUCUUUGCGGCCCACACAUCCCGUGUGGCCCGUAAUAUUCCCUUGUCUACUCAAUCGUUCGACUUUGCUGCUGAAUCCAGCAGGGGAGAAUGGGCUGAACAUGCGAUGAAGCAAUUGUCGGAUUAUGAGAUUGGUGUCAACCUGAUGCUCCAACUUGACUGGGAAAGUGCUGCCGAAUGCUUUGAGAAUCUUGCCCAAGAAAAGUACUGGUCGCCUUCAUUCGCAAAAUACGUUGUUGGCGCCUGCCGGGACAUGCUGGGUGAGCGUACAGACGGCAUUCUGGCCUUUGCAGAGGUUCCACAGCUGGCCAAGGAAUACCCGACCAAGAAAACGUACAUGGAUGCCUAUGUCCACAAGAAGGUUGAGUUCUUCCAGCGCAGUGGCUACCAGGACAUGGAUUUCAGUCUGCCAGGCCUUGAACUCAUUUUGGUGUUGAAUGGGUUUGAGCACAUGGACAAAGGUUGUCUUGAAAAGGCUCUCAAGAGAGUUCACGAGACUCUUGAAUUGAUUUAUGAGCGUGAGAAGAUGGAGUACACAAUUCGCCUGAGGGAGCUUGUGCCAACCACAACCCCACCGAAUUAUUAUGACCAGCGGGCAGUUUUGCUGUUGAUAAAAUCAUCGAUCCUGAAUACGUUGGGACGAUACACCGAAUGCAUUUCCCAUCUCAAUUGGAUUAUUGACCACAAGGAAUCUAUUAAGCAUGAGACUUGGGUAGCACCGUUUGCCUACUGGGAAUCGGGAAUCACAAGCUGGGGCUUGGGUAAUGCGCAAAAGAGUCGUCAGCUUUGGCAACUUGCCUUGGCAUGCACUAAAUACGAUUUUGAGUACCGUAUGUCAGUUCGAUUGACCCUGGCAUUGAAUCGUUGCGAUGAAUUUGGCAUCGAAGCAGUUGACACAAAAGCCAAAAAGGGGCCCACUACUAAUGGUCGCAAGCGUAUGCCUAUCGUCCCUACUUAG